CCAACUCUCUCGCUAGUUCAAGCAUCAACUAACCCCGUGGCGCCUCUUCCGUCUCCCACAUCUAUAGAGCAUCUGCAAGGUCCUACCAUUCUAAUAACGAUCUCUGAUGACGACUCCUCGGAACAUGAAAGUGUGGAAAGCCACUCUGAGGAUUCUGCCGCUUAUGAGGAACUGAUGACGACAGAGAUUCUCGCGGCACUAGAGGUCCAAGAGGUGAAUGAGGUGAGGCCUCUUCCUCUUGAAGACCAAGUACCAGAUAUUGACCCGACAGCUCGAGAGGAUUCUGUUUGUACCGAGGAGGUGGCUGCAAACGCUGCUGGUCUUAUCGGCGGGACAGUCGCCCCAGAGAUGGAAAAUGAUACUGACGGUGGUGGUGCCCCCCAAGUCUCGCGAACAAAUGAGACAACCGUCGAAGCUGAGGGCUCUGUGCUUGAAUCUGCUCCACUUGCCCAUGGUGAGCCGCGAGUUGAGUUUCCAGAUUCUCCCGCGGCUGAAGGGAAAGACCAACCUAUUGAAGAUGAAGAAACUGAGGAAGCUAUCCACCCUUUUGCAUUGGUGGUUCGUGAUCCUGUGGCGCCUCCGCCGCCUCCUCCUCCUCCCACCAGAUUCGAGAGACUGAUGAGGGUGUUGGAGAUAACUCCUCCUUCUGCUGUGGAUGAGGCUAAGAUGGUGCUUCACGAACAUCUGGGUCCUCAGGUAUUGGAGACAGACAUCCUCCCGCGAGUCUUGGAAGCCCUAAGGUAUCUUUGCCAGGAGAAGGCAUUGACCCUACAGCAAUUUAGUGCCAUUGACGAUCUGCUGAAUGAACUUGAUGAGGCCCUCCAACGUCAACCGGACACUGCUUGUAUAUCUCCUACAUAUGCUGAACUUAUCUUCUACCUGCCUCAUGUAAACCCAUAA